AUUACUCACCCCAGAGCCCUCUGACUGCAAACGCUCCGCCCUUUUGAUUCGAAAUCAACGAGACUAUAACGGCUUGGCAUACUGACUAGGUCGCGACUAUGGUGAAGAUACGCUUACAGCCGUCCGAAACGGACAAUGUACAUGGAGAAAUGGAGAAGAUAAAUAAGGCUUGCGCUUUCUCUUCGUCAACUUCAUCCAAGCCAUCCUCUCCUCUCACACUCUCAAGUUCUUCAAUUUGUCAAUCUUCAAUUUGUCAAUCCAUCAUUUACCACUACGAUCCACAUCCGCACCCACUGCCUACACAGAGAUAUGACUGACCUAAUACGGGAUGCCCCUAUUGGGCAGCUCAUCCGCUUCGUAACGAGGAAGCGAGUACUCCAGUACCCAGAGGAGAGGCCCGACUUUGUGCUGCCGGACUGCUAUACCCAGAAUAGCGAAAAAGCCAGCCGAAUCUCCACCGAACGCACCCAGUCCCAGCAAAGAAGCGAGAAACCUGCCAACGAGGAGCCCGCUCCCUCUGAUCCAGAUGUGCUGGAUGAGAGCUCAGAUGACACAUCGGACAGUUCAGAGAUUGAACGAAUAAAGACGGCCAACACAACACGCACUACGAGGAGCCAGUUGUCCAAAGUCCCGACUACGACAGCCUUGCACCAUUCCAACACAAGAGCAGAUCUCGAGCAACAGUUCACACUCGCAUCAAUAGAGAGGGGUCCGACUCGCCCAAUCGAACCGGAGAAGCUCGAAGAUGGCACCAUACUGGUGGACUGGUAUACAACCGAUGAUCCUGCCAAUCCCCAGAAUUGGAGCUUUGGCAAGAAGGCCUUUGUACUACUGCAGAUCCUCCUGUACACGACUGCUGUCUAUAUGGGCUCAGCCAUCUACUCGCCUAGUAUAGGGGGUGUGGUAGCACGAUUUGGCGUCUCGGUCAGCGCUGCUUCCCUGGGCCUGUCCAUGUAUGUUGUUGCCUACGGCCUUGGACCCCUUCUUUUCUCGCCCUUGAGUGAGAUUCCGGUAGUUGGCCGGAGUCCUCCGUACAUCAUCACCUAUGCUAUCUUUGUUAUCCUCCUGGUCCCCACGGCACUGGUCGAUAACUUCGCCGGCCUCAUUGUGCUCCGGUUUCUCCAGGGCUUCUUCGGAAGCCCUUGUUUGGCCACUGGCGGUGCCUCUCUCCAGGACAUGUACAGCAUCAUGAAGCUCCCUUAUGUGCUGAGCUUAUGGGCCUUCUCAGCGACGUGUGGACCUGCGCUGGGCCCCAUCAUCUCUGGGUUCAGCGUCGAAGCCAAGAACUGGCGGUGGUCCAUGUGGGAAAUGCUUUGGAUGAACGGCCCGGUUUUUCUCCUCAUGUUCUCCUUCCUUCCCGAGACGUCCUCCGCAAACAUCCUCCUCCGCCGCGCCCAACGACUCCGCGCUCUGACGGGCAACGACAAGCUGAAAUCUCAAAGUGAAAUCGACCAAGCCAGUCUCACGGCCCGCGACAUCACCAUCGAGGCCCUUGUUCGGCCUUUCCAACUCGUCUUCCUCGACCCCGCCAUCGCCUUCACAGCCAUCUACACAGCUUUGAUGUACGGAAUCUUCUACUCCUUCUUCGAGGCCUUCCCCAUGGUCUACAUCGCCAUGUACGGCUUCAACCUCGGCGAAAUGGGUCUGACUUUCCUCUCCGUCACCGUUGGUGUCAUCCUCAGUCUUGCUUGGUACUGGUACUAUAUCCAUCACUACGUCGAGCCCAGCAUUCUGGCCAACGGUCUCGGUGCCCCCGAGGGUCGUCUCCGGCCCGCCCUGUUCGUCACCUUCUUCAUCCCCAUCGGGCUAUUCCUCUUUGGCUGGACCGCGAAUCCCAAGAUCCAUUGGAUUGUGUCGUGUAUCGGGAUUGUCAUCACCACGAUCGGCAUCUUCCUCAUCUUCCAGUGCAUCUUCCUGUACCUGCCUCUCGUGUACCCGCAGUAUGCGGCCAGCCUCUUCGCGGGGAACGACUUCUUUAGGAGUUCGCUUGCGGCGGCUGCGAUUCACUUUUCUUACCCCAUGUUCCACAACUUGGGGGUUGGCAGGGCAAUCUCACUCCUGGCGGGGUUGACGGUAGCCUGUAGUGCGGGGACGUUUGGGUUGUACCUUGGAGGCGCGAAGCUGAGGGCUAGGAGUCGGUUUGCUGCGCGGUAAGGGGAGGAAGGUCUCUGAUUGAGAUGAUUGGAAAACUUUUGAUUCUCGACGGGCAUCUGUACAUUGCACGGGUAUUAAUGACUUGGUAUCAUAGCACUUUGAUUUUCUUUUCUAAAAUAAUGAUGCAUCAUGGGAGCUGCCAUUGGGGUUUCUAGACAGGAUAGAAGGGAAUGUCUAAUGUUGAUGUCGGCUUAGAACAACAAUAGAACUGCCAUCUCGAGUGGUUUGAAACUCGUGCGU